UAUAUAGAAAUGGCAGCGAUAUGAGAAAAUUUCAGAGAUCAAAGCUACUGAUAGGCAUAUAAUAGAUGGGGUAUUUGACUCACAUUCACAGUUGCGGCAUGCACAAUGCUCGUGAUGAUGAUCACUAGCUACUCUAGUCCACCCUCCUAAUUACUCAACGUUUCCUUCGGUAUAUAUAAUAGUUAUCUGAUAUUGGAAACUCUUAUCUCGAGCCUUUUAUCAGAGAGCAGUAGAAGAAUCUGCAGCAGGCGAUUUACCCGGAUCAAAUUAUUAAGCAAGUAAGUUCAUUUCCUUUCGCUUAUUAAAACACAUUAAUUAAGACAGCAAGUCCAUUUAAUUAACCUUUCUUCUUUUCUGCUUUCCUUUUUCGAUUUUUUUCGUUCUAACAUACUGAAACAUUUGGCCAGUUUUUUCUGUUCUGCAAAGCCGAAUGAAAGAAAAAAAAAAUAGAUAAAUAAUAAUUCCCACCUAAUUCUCUAGCUGUUUUUCCACUAACCAAGGAAUUGUUUAGUAUUUCCAGUAAGUUCAGGUGAUUUUUCCUUUUCUAAAGCCAGAAUAAAUAUAAAUAAUAAUUCCCACCAUGAAAAAUGGAACCUAAGCCGCAGUACUAGAAAUAUCACUCAGCCAAUUGUAUUGUCUAGGCAAAAUAAAUGGAAAAGAAGCACCUUGAUUAUAUUUAUAUAUAUAUAUAUAUUAAUGGAAAGGUUUGUCUUAGAUGCAUGUCAUUUUUUUAAUGGGAGCUUUUAUAAAAUUAGUGAAAUUUGUAUGCAAAUACUUGAAACGGAUCUUGUACUAUGUCUCUAGAAUAUAAACGGAUCUUCUACAUUUUUAUCAUAAACUUGUUAAUAUUAGUGAGAAUUUGUAUGCUUUGUAUUAGGAUCAGAGAGUUGCACACAAAAUCAUGGGUAGAGAUGCUCUCUCCACUCGUAUUGAGGCUAUUGACAAAAAGCUAGCUGGGACUCCAAUUAAUGCUGAAGAGAGUUCUAUAUUUAAAGUGCACGAGCUGUUACUCAAGAUAAAUGAGAAGGCAUACAAACCCAUGCUGCUUGCGAUCGGUCCUUACAACGACCAUGGCAAGGAUGGGCAUGGGUUUAUGGAAGAGCAUAAACUGAGGUAUCUGAAGCAAAUGCUUCAAAGGAGAAAUGAACGUAGUGUGAAAGAUUACAUCAGUGCCUUGAGUGAUUUGGAAGAAAGAGCCCGGAAUUGCUAUGCCGAACGCAUUAGCCUGAAAAAAGAUGAGUUUGUAGAAAUGAUGCUACUUGAUGGGUGUUUCAUUAUUGAGUUUUUCCGAAAGCGUUUGAUGCCGCAUCUAAGGGAUAAGCAUGAUCCAAUCUUCCAAACAUGCUGGAUGCUUGCCAUUAUAGAUUGUGAUCUUAUAUUAUUUGAAAAUCAACUUCCAUACUUUGUUCUUACUAAAUUGUUCGAGAUGAGUGCGAGGGACCAGACACCACUUCCUAGCCCAUCCAUACAUCCUAGAGAACACACCAUCGAUUUUGCCAUUGAUUUUCUCAUUGGCUCAUUAUCAACAUUUCAAGAUUGGGAUUUCAUUGGUACUUAUUCAACCGAAAAGAUUAAGCAUCUACUUUGUCAGACGGAUAUAGCUAUUACUCCUCCACUCGCAAAUAUGGUACAUGAGCAUCUAAAGGUUGGAGCCAAAUUCAAGAAGGCAGAUUUUAAGCAUCUACUUGAUUUGAUGCAUACAAUUAUCAAGCUUUCAAUACUUGAAAUGGAACUACAUUAUGCCACAGAAAGUCAAGAGGUUGGAGUCAAAUUCAAGAAGGGAGAAGCAGAUCGAACUCAGUCUGCAUUUUUAUGCUGUUUAUCUUUUCAGCUUUUUGGUGAUAGCAGCGCCGAUUCAGAAUUUAACCCAAAACUAGGACAGAUGCCUGCUGGUGAAGCUCAUCAUGCUCUCUCCGUUGACGAAAGAUUGGCCAGCCUCAGUAGUACUCCAAUUGAUCGAGAGUGUUGUGUAUUUAAACUGCACCGCAGUUUACGCCAGACAAAUCCCGCGGCAUAUGAACCUGAUCUGCUUGCCAUCGGUCCUUAUCACCGUGGAAAGGAUCACCUUAGUUUUAUGGAAAAGCACAAAUUGAUAUUUCUCCAACGAAUGCUUAAAAGAAGGAAUGAGAACAGUGUAAAAAGAUACAUCACAGCCAUGAUAGAAAAGGAAGAAAGAGCUCGUAGAUUCUAUGCAGAUCAGUUCCCUGAAUUAUCCAAAGUUGAGUUUGUAGAAAUGAUGCUACUUGAUGGGUGUUUCAUCAUUGAGUUGUUCCGCAUCCAGCGUGACGCACUCUUUGAAUACUUUGAAAAUUUUCCAAUCUUCCAAUCCGUUAAAAAUGAACCAAUCUUCCAAAUCUUCCAAACAGAUUGGAUGAUUAACGGCAUAAUGCGUGAUCUACUGUUAUUUGAAAAUCAACUGCUAUUCUUCAUUCUUACUGAAUUGUUCGAGAUGAGUGAGGGUUGCAACCAGAAAUAUGAUUAUGCUCAUUGUGAGAGCACAACCUCUGCAAAUCAGAGUGAGAAGAACCAGACUGUACUACUUGGCAGCCGAUCUAGAAAAUCUAGCAAACACGUCAUUGAUUCUGACCAAAAACAUGAAAUUACUAUUGAUGAAAGCUCAAGCUCCAGGGAUGUGAGUAAGAGGGUCCUGACUCGACUUCUUGAUUGUGCCCUGGCAUUCUUUUGUUUUGCUUCGGAAUUAUCACGUGGAUUGAAUGUCGAUGGAUCAAGUUAUGUUUCAGACGCCAAUAUUAAGCAUCUACUUGGUCUGAUACAUAAAGUUAUGAGUCCUUCACCUAAAGGGCCAGGAGUACCUUAUUCACCUAAAUCAAAGGAUCUAGUUGGUCCAAAUGAGAAUGUAGACCGGAAGUCAAUACCUUAUGCCACAGACCUUGAAGAUGCUGGAGUCACACUCAAGAAAGCAGAGGAAUUUAAGAUAUGCUAUAUGCUAUUUGCUCAGCUUAAUAGGGAAGAGUGGAAGUUAAUACCAAAUGUCAUAGAACUUAAAGAGGCUGGAGUCAAAUUCCAGAACGCAGAGACGGGUAACUUGUUUCACAUAAAGUUCAACAAUGGUGUAAUGGAAAUUCUGCCUUUGAAUAUUGUAGAUAACACAGAGUCAGUCUUUCGAAAUCUAAUUGCCUAUGAGCAACAUAGUCAACAUAUUGAUCUCAAGUAUGUUACUGACUUUGCAACCCUCAUGGAUUAUCUGAUUGACACUCCAAAAGAUGUUGAAUUAAUUCGCCGGAAUGGAAUAAUUAAUAAUUGGAUGGGUGACGAUAAAGUUGUUUCCAACAUGUUCAACAGAUUUUGUAGCUACACCCAAUUUAGCAGGGACUUCUAUUAUGCUGACAUUAUCAAGGAAGUGAACAAGCAUUGUGACAGACGCUGGAAUGUAUGGAAGGCAAAAUUAAGACGUGAUUAUUUCAACAGUCCUUGGACAUUGCUUUCAGUUCUAGCGGCUAUCUUAUUGCUUCUACUAGCAAUUGCACAAACCGUAUUUUCCAUUCUUUCUUAUGUUUUCAAGUGAGUCAUUACUUUUACUAGUGUUUGAUCUUCUUAGUUGUUGUUAUGUUUUCAUUACGUACGUGGCUGCUCAGGAAAUCUUCUCUCUUGAGCUUCCAAAAUCAUCUUUUGUUGAAUAUUGGAAGGAUUAAUUGUCAUGGAAACCAAAUCAGGGGCUGCAUCUUUGCUUACUUUUUCGACUUUAAUUUUCGGGAUGUAACUCUAUCAUGUUCAUCUAUUUGAAUAUUGCAGCUUCUGAUAUUUAUCCA